AAUCUCAGCUAAAAGCUGCUUACUACAAGUCAGCUUUGCUCAGUUUACUUUCGUCAACGUUCGUGUAAAGAUGCAGUCAAUCUUGAAGCUCCGAUAUGCAGUCGCGCUGCUGCUCGCACUGAAUUGCGUUCUACUUUGCGCAGCUCAAGGCAACGGCGGUUGGGGUGGCUCGGGUGCACCCGGUGCUCCCGGCGGUGGCAAUGGUGGCGGCGCACCAGGUGCUCCUGGCGCACCCGGUGGCGGUGGCGGUUAUGAUGGCGGCGCGCCUGGUGCACCUGCUGACGGCUUAUGGCCCAAAAUCAUAUGA